AUGAGAAAAUCAACGACAUCUUGUGAGGCGAUUUUCGAAGCUUCGAUAAACGAAACCUGCACAGCUUGGAUGGAAACUCAACUAGAAUCAAGCAAUGAAUUAGAGAAUGAAAUCGUUGCUCCGAAUAAUAUUCUCACAACCCUAGCAGCUAUUGGUUCUGUUACAGAAGAAGUUUUUGUUAUCAUUUUCAUCGUUUUUGCUUCGUUAAUUUUAACAUGCAUCGUCACAAAAUACUGUCACGCUUGCUAUUCAAGAUUCAAGAGACACGUUGUGAAGCCAAUUUUACCGACGACAAUUGAAAGAGAAAAUGAUGGAAGAAUAAAUUUUCAAAGAGAUCCGCCGCCAUACAAACCAAUGCCUUUACCUGCAUAUUCUGAGCUUUUUCCCGAUUCUGCCAAGCAAAAGUUCUAA